AUGAGCCAACAACCAGCUCCUCCACAACCUGUUCCAGGUAUUCCCACUAGUUGCACAAUGAACAUUAGUAAUUCAUUUGUUAUUAGUUAUAUAACUAAUCAAGGCGUUAUAAAUUUAUAUGGAAAUCACUCCCAAGACGUACAGAAUUUAUUGAGUGGUGUUAAACAAAAAGAAGUUCAAAAUAAAUCACAAACAACUAAAGAAACAGAAAAAUACCAAACAACAAACCAAGAAAAGAUUUCUCAAAAAUCUUGUGAUCACCAAAACAUUUCUGAAAUAAAUGAAAUGAAAGAGUCACAACCAACUGAAGAAGAGUAUCUUCAUGGAAGUGAUCCAGAAUUAAGUACUGUUACUAGUAUUCUUAAAUCAAUGGAAAGUGAUUUAACUGCUUUAAUCAAAAAAGAAAAAACUAUUACUGAAACAGUUAACCAAUUAACAGAGUCUAAAAAAACUUUAAAAUCUCCAAGCCAAGUUCAAGACCUUCAUGAACAAGUUGAAUCUAACGAAAAAAUGCUUGAAAAAGUUUCUAGUGAAUUUGGUAGAUUAAAAUCGUUUUCAGUAAGUAUGAGUGAAAUGGUACGUCCUCAGUCAAGAACAAAUGGACAUGAACAAGAUAGACAAGUAACUACUAAAAUUCCAUCAUUAGAAGAAAUGGAAGUUCAACCUGUUAUUGGACAAUUAAAAUUUCAAAAGAAAAUUGUUGAAUGGACAAAUAUGCGUAAUUAUCGCAUUUUAUAUAGAAGUAGUAAAGAUGGACUUAGUGCUCGUUCUUUAAAUGCAAGAAUAUGUGGAAGGUCAAAUAUAUUAAUUAUUGUUUUAACAACUAAAGGAUAUGUCUUUGGAUCAUUUUCUUCUAUUCAAAUCCCACCUCCACCAAGACUAGGAGAUUUACAUGUUGGAGCUGAUCCAAAUUUCUUUGUAUAUUCAUUCCAAAAUCCAUUUAAUACCGAACCUUUAAAGAUUUUAAAGAAAAAUUCUCAAACAUCGAUGAAGAUAUAUUGCAAUAAAGAACAGUCAUAUGUUAUUGGUUGUGAUUGUUGUUUUUAUAUUAGAUCAAAUUGUCCUUGUCAUGUCCCUUCAAAUUUCUGUGAUAAUUAUAAUGAGCCUUCAGGAAAAGGCAAUUUGUUAUUUGUGAACUGUGUUUAUCCAGAAAAGUUUGCUCUUCAAGAAUUGCUUGCUGUCGAAUUAUCUGAUUAA